CUCCUCCAAUGGGAUCCUGUCUGGAACACUGCUGGCACCGUUUCACAGCUCAAUUUGUCCCGGAGUCGACUAUCUGCAGUUCGGAAAGUAAAACUCGACAUAGUCGAAGUCAUGGACCGCGAACACCCGAAAAUGCCUUUUUAACUUUUGAACAUAUUGAAGAUGACCUGUCUUGUGUCAUGUCCCAGUGGUCUGCUAGUCAUUGGCCACCUCCUCGCACUAUCCUCCGUCAACACCCAGUCAGAGAUAUGGACCAAUGAAGUUUCAGAUGUUCAGUAUGGAAGGCUGGGGUCCAACGUCACGCUGGUGUGUGGAGCAGCACUAGACAGGACAUCAGUGAAGUGGCGUCUGAACAGGAGUUCCAUGUUACCAUGGCAGCACCGAGUGACAUCAGAUGGUCAGCUGGUCCUCCUGCAGGCUGACCACGCUGCCGAGGGAAACUACAGCUGCCAUGACGACCGGGGACGACUCAUCAGGACAACCAGACUGAGGCUGGGGCAUCCCCCCGGGCUGCUCAAUGUUUCCUGUCGUGUGUCCAAUCACAGCCUGGUAUUGUGUUCAUGGGUGGAGUCUGUGAAGACCCUCCUGCCUGCCCAGUACCACACCUCUUACAGGGGUAAUAAGAGCCAGGUGAGGAUGUGUGUGGUGUCGUCCCCUCCCCAGAAGCAGUGCACCAUCACAGACCCUACCAUGUGGCAACACUACCAUAACAUCAACAUCACAGAGACCAACCCUCUGGGGUCACAGACCACCAUCCUGAUGGUCAAGUUCCAUGAGCUCUUGCAGCCAGACCCAGAGGCAGUAACAGCAGUGGGGAUGCUAGGAUAUCCCAUGAGGCUCCAGGUGUACUGGUCGAACCCUGCCUCCUGGCUCCACCACGCUGUGCCCUUCCCUCCGUGUGUCCAGCUCCGCUACCGUCCUGUAGGAUCCAGCAUCUGGUCUAACGUGGAGUCUAAGUCCAGCCCCCUGCUGAUAACUGAUGCCCUAGCAGGGCACGCCCACCAGCUGCAGGUGAGAGCCCAGGACGACAUCAACCCAGACAGCCAGUGGAGUGACUGGAGCCCCCUACUGCAGGCUUGUCCAUGGAUUGGUAGUACUGCCGAGCCUACUGAAGAAACAUUCCCUGUCGACUACAACGACACGGACGCAGACGCCUCUACAGCCAACACCAAGUCAGAGAACUCAGAAGAUGAUGGUGGCAGUCUGCUGAUUCUACUGGCCCUGUUCGCUGGUAUCAUCCUGGCCCUGGUGUCCUCUCUAUCGGUCCUCAUGUGGGUGAGGCAACGGAGGCGGGACAAUGUGACAAAACAGGAACUAACCUCAAUGGUGAAGAUGAAGUCCAUGCCAAUCUAAACCUAGGUUGGCCCCUCCUCUCAGCCCUUAUAGGGCCACACCAGGCCACACCCCCAACAGAUGGGUGCAGCAUCCACACAACACGACCCACAAUCCACCAUGCUACCCGCAAGCCAUCUGGGACGUGUGCCGUGCCUGAUCGCUGCCUGCCAACGAACAGACAUGUUGCAACCAAUGACUGACUCCUCCCACUGGAGUUUAACAUCAUCUGAUUGGCUAUGAGGCUCAACACUACGUACUGUACAGUAUGGAGCACCAACUAACAACAUACCUGUCCUCCUCCCCUGAACUUCACUGACCGAACAUAGGUUCUGGUCUCUACCUUUCACAUAGUUUUUCUUUUCUGUGUACCUGAUGAUCUCAUGGUCCUUCAUUCAUUUCAACUGUAAGAAGCAUCACAGGGCAUUAUUGUAUAGACCGAUUGGCAUUAUAAACUGUUUUAGACUGUUUAUGAAGAGGGUAUAGAUAGAUUGGCAUUCUGCAGAAUAGAGACUCUGCAAUUCAGAGGAGAAGGAACGGACUGCAAACAAGGCUGCUGCUAUUGGUCAUUGGAUGAAAAGGAGGGAACAGAGUUCGGCCAUAUCCAUGCUGGCCAAUCACUAGCAGUGUCUGGAUGACGUCAUAACUUCCUGUAUAUCUGCAUAGUUGCGUUAAAUGAGUCAAUGGAACACAGAUGUUUUAUUGACGAGACUGGAACACAUUCAACAAUCUGAUCUAACAAAAUAGAUUUUCGUCAAAUCUGUCAUGAUUUAUGUAUUGUAACAAGCCCACAAUGUGGUUACUUACAGACUCCACCAGACUAGACUAGACUCCACCAGACUAGACUAGACUCCACCAGACUAGAGUAGACUAGACUCCACCAGACUAGACCAGACUCCACCAGACCAGACCAGACUCCACCAGACCAGAAUCCACCAGACCAGAAUCCACCAGACCAGAAUCCACCAGACCAGACUCCGCCAGACCAGACUCGACUCCACCAGACUCCACCAGACUAGACCAGACUCCACCAGACCAGAAUCCACCAGACCAGACUCCGCCAGACCAGACUCGACUCCACCAGACUAGACUAGACUCCACCAGACCAGACUCCACCAGACUAGAGUAGACUAGACUCCACCAGACUAGACUAGACUCCACCAGACCAGACUCCACCAGACUAGAGUAGACUGGACUCCACCAGACUAGAGUAGACUAGACUCCACCAGACUCGACUAGACUCCACCAGACUAGAGUAGACUAGACUAGACUCCACCAGACCAGACUAGACUCCACCAGACUAGACUAGACUCCACCAGACUAGACUAGACUCCACCAGACCAGACUACAAUCCACCAGACUAGAGUAGACUAGACUCCACCAGACUAGACUUCACCAGACUAGACUCCACCAGACUAGAGUAGACUAGACUCCACCAGACUAGAGUAGACUAGACUCCACCAGACUAGACUCCCCCAGACUAGAGUAGACUAGACUCCACCAGACUAGACUAGACUCCACCAGACUAGAGUAGACUAGACUCCACCAGACCAGACUAGACCACCAGACUAGAGUAGACUAGACUCCACCAGACUAGAGUAGACUAGACUCCACCAGACUAGAGUAGACCAGACUAGAGUAGACUAGACUCCACCAGACUAGACUAGACUCCACCAGACUAGAGUAGACUAGACUCCACCAGACUAGAGUAGACUCCACUAGAGUAGACCAGACUAGAGCAGACUAGAGUAGACUAGACUAGACUCCACCAGACUAGACUAGACUCCACCAGACUAGAAUAGACUAGACUCCACCAGACUAGACUAGACUCCACCAGACUAGAGUAGACUAGACUCCACCAGACUAGACUAGACUCCACCAGACUAGAGUAGACUAGACUCCACCAGACUAGAGUAGACUAGACUAGAGCAGACUAUACUCCACCAGACUAAACUAGACUCCACCAGACUAGAGUAGACUAGACUCCACCAGACUAGACUAGACUCCACAAGACUAGAGUAGACUAGACUCCACCAGACUAGAGUAGACCAGACUAGAGCAGACUAUACUCCACCAGACUAAACUAGACUCCACCAGACUAGAGUAGACUAGACUCCACCAGACUAGAGUAGACCAGACUAGAGCAGACUAUACUCCACCAGACUAAACUAGACUCCACCAGACUAGAGUAGACUAGACUCCACCAGACUAGAGUAGACUAGACUCCACCAGACUAGAGUAGACUAGACUAGACUCCACCAGACUAGAGUAGACCAGA